AUGUCGAGUAGGCUUCAACAAUUCGCUCUUUAUGGCGCUGGUAUUGCGCUGUUAUUUAAUCCCUGGUGCCUGCAACUUGUCUCUGCACUGGGAGUCUCGCUACUGGCGUAUGUUUCAACGGUUACGUUAAUUCCUCGAGUUGGGGAUGCCUUUAUUCGCCGAGGUUUCUCUGGAAAAGACAUGAACAAGGCGGAGAAGAAGAUCAUUCCUGAAACUAUGGGUGUAGUGUGUGCUCUGGUGUACUUUAUCUGCAUGAUUGUGUUCAUUCCGUUUUUGUUCUACAAGUAUCUAGUUCCGAAUGGAGUGAAACCAACCUCAGAAGUGGGUUGGAUGAAUAGAGAACGCGCAAUUGCGUCUCACUUUCCUCACAAUCACCUAGUGGAGUACUUGGCGGCUCUUCUUUCUAUUCUUUCCAUCUCUCUUCUCGGUAUUUUAGAUGAUUUGUUCGACAUUCGUUGGCGUCACAAAUUCUUUUUGCCCGCUAUCGCUGCCAUUCCUCUUCUCGUUGUGUACUAUGUUGAUUGCGACAAGACGUAUGUGUCUGUGCCUACGGUCCUGCGACCCUUCCUCUCGCGAUCUAUCGUGGAUUUGGGCGUCUUGUAUUAUAUGUACAUGGCUGCUGUCGCAAUUUUCUGUCCUAACAGCAUCAACAUCAUUGCCGGCAUCAACGGCGUGGAAGCGGGACAAUCGCUCGUUCUCGCUAUUAUGGUUUGUUUGAACGAUGUACUGUUCCUCGUGCGUCCCGGAACGACCACGGAUGCUAUUCACUUGCAUCUUCUGUCGUUGUAUCUUCUUCUUCCCCUCGUUGCCGUCACUCUCGGUCUGCUUAAAUAUAACUGGUGGCCCUCUCGCGUUUUUGUCGGCGACACGUACUGCUACUUUGCCGGGAUGGUUCUUGCCGUGGCCGGCAUAUUGGGUCAUUUCUCCAAAACGCUUUUACUCUUCUUCCUUCCUCAAAUCUUUAACUUUGUUCUCUCUAUUCCUCAGUUGUUCGGCCUUGUGCCCUGCCCUCGUCACCGGUUGCCUCGCUUCAAUCCCGAAACCGGUCUACUCCAGAAUUCGUAUGUCGACUUCACCGAUACACCCAACCUUCCUAAGAAAACCAAACUUUCCAUUCUUUUAUUCGAACGGUUACGUCUCAUCAAAGUUGAGUAUGAACCCAAAACUGGUCGCAUCUUGCGUUGCACCAACUUUACCAUCAUUAACUUUCUACUCGCCCAUCUGGGCACUAUGCGUGAAGACCAUCUUACCAUGGUGGUAAUGGCACUCCAGUUUGGUGUCGGCGUUUUUGCGCUGUUCUUCCGUCACGUUUUGGCACCCAUUGCUUACCGUAAUGACAAUCUUUAA